GGUGGUGAGCGCGUUGCCGCUGCUGCUCUCCGAUGUCUCUUGGGCAGGCCCUGGAUGCGCUCAUCGGCUGGCUGCCUGGAUAUUCUGCACCAGCGGGCCGGUGCAGCCAUCUGGCUCAAAGUCAGGCCGCUCGGCACCCCCGUCGGGUAGGGUGGUUGCCACAAGGCUGCGGAGGCGCGUGCCCGCGAUGGCCACGGGCGGGAGCGGGAGCGCCGUGCCCCAGUUCGCGUCCCUGUACGUGGGUGACCUGCACCAGGAUGUCACCGAGGCGAUGCUCUACGAGAUCUUCAACUCGGUCGGCCCCGUGGCAUCCAUCCGCGUCUGCCGUGACAGCGUCACCCGCCGCUCGCUGGGGUACGCGUACGUCAACUUUCACAGCGUGCAGGAUGCGGAGCGGGCCCUGGACACCCUCAACUACUCCAGCAUCAAGGGCCGCUCCUGCCGCCUCAUGUGGACGCAGCGCGACCCCAGCGCUCGCAAGUCCGGCGCGGGCAACAUCUACGUGAAGAACCUGGACCCCAACAUCGACAACAAGGCUCUGUACGACACCUUCAGCCUCUUUGGCAACAUCCUCUCCUGCAAGGUGGCCUCGGAUAUCAACGGCAAGUCCUACGGCUAUGGAUUCGUUCACUACGAGACGGACGAAGCGGCCAAGCAGGCAGCUCUUUCUCUGGAGCGGGAGUUGCGGGUCGUUCAAUCUGAUCGGGGGAGGAGGAGGAGGAGGAGGAGGAGGAGGAGGAGGAGGAGGAGGAGGAGGAGGAGGAGGAGGAGGAGGAGGAGGAGGAGGAGAGGGAGGAGCAGGCGGAGAUAA